GGUUAAAUAACUAGACUGGUUCUCUAAAUAUGAAAAAGAACCAAACAAACAUUACCAACAGCUGUCAAACUUUAGGUUGUUUAUUUUAGACAAGGUUGUCCACAAAGCUGGCUGACAUCUAUCCAAAGAUUGACUCAUAACAUCAUCACUUCUCUUCAUAGCUGCUGCUAGAGCAUAUCACAAAUUUGCAAACUGAAUGAUAUGGGUGGGUUGGAUUAUGGGUAAUCACAAUGUCAAAGGUCACAGUCUCUGGCCAACUCACUGCAUGCCAAAUCUAACAGACCCCCACCUGGUGGAAGAAAACACAGGAGAAAACAACUCUGCCCAAUCUUCUACUGCCCUCCAACUAGACAAUUUAAUCAUAAAUAAUGACCAUGAAGAAUUAGAAAAGUUCAUUAGCCUGACUAAAGCUGAUGUGAAUGUAGAACUAAAUGAGAAAAAAGAAACAGCACUCAUCCUAGCUGUUAAACUGAGCCACAUUGAGUGUGUCCAAGUGAUAGUGAACUGUGAGUCGUGUUUAAAGAACUGCCUCAAUGUUAACAAUUGUUCUGCCUUUGAUAUGGCCUUGAUCACUGCUUUUGACAAUCGUUUGGAACCUAGACAUUCCAUUUGUUGGGAAAUAAUCAAGCUGUUGAUGAGGGCUAACGCAGAACCCAUGUGUAAGGAUGCCAUGAUGUACAUAGUGCGGACGGCCUUCAAGUAUCAGGACGAUCAAUUUCUGCAUAAUCUCAUCACAGCGGCUCUAGAGUGUUCAAAUUCAACCAUGUUUCAUGAACUUCUUCUUCAGAAAUUACAUCGUCAUCAGCCCAUCUACGUGGACCCCAUUGACCCCAUUUUUAUGAACAUGUCAGAUUUUAGCAUUAAAUUAUUAAAGAUAGCUCCUCCUUCUGAGCUGGAGUUUAUCGUGAACUCGAUGUUUUAUUACAUGGAAUCAUACUGGCAGUCCCGCAGGAAUAAAUUCAACACGUUUUACAAACUGAUCGUGUACACCAUCGCGGCGGGCUGGGUGUGGCGGAGGUCGAACGUGUACCACAUUUCUCGGUCCUGUCCACACCUGGGUAAAUGGCUGAUACAGCAGAUGAAGACCCCACUCUCUCUCGUUCACCUCUCCCGGGCCUCUUUCAGACGUCACGUGACCUGCCCGGUUCCAGCGGCCAUCGAGGAGCUCCCGUAUCCCAUUCCAGAGUCACUGAAGCGUUACCUCCUCAUUCAAGACAUGGAUGAAUUGUGUACCUCAGGGACCGUUAACCUCAAUGAAGUGGCCUUCUGAAUCUAGUCAUAAAAAAGAUAAAACAAUUAAUGUGGCAUUUCUCAUAGGAAACCAGCUCUUUUUUUAAUCGAAGUAAGGGAAAUCUUCACUGUUCAACACUGUUUUAGGAGGAUAUUGUUUUUAGAGAAAAAUUGGAAUUUUGACAGUAUGCGACUAAAUAAUAGAAACAAAAGAGUAUUAAAGGUGCUAAUUUUUAUGAUCUAUAUAUUUUAUUUUUUAAAAAUUGAAGAUUUUAAUUUGAAUUGGUAUUUCAAACACUUUUCUUUGAAAUGAAAUGAUGCAGCACGUUAUAAACUUGUUCAAGGCCAUUUUCUUGUUCCCUCUUAAAGUUAAUUUUAAGUUUCCUUUCUGUCCAUUCAAUCUCACAUUUUGUUUUCUACAGCCAUUUUAUGUUUUCUUUUUUUUUUUAACACACUUCAUAAGUUUCAUAACAAUCGGCAAUCCUCGGCUGACUCCGCUAUGCUCCAUUCAAACCUCGGAUGAGAUAAGUGGAGGAAUACGCAUCAGAUCCUCACAUUUCUCCUCCGGAAACUGCCUUAUCACUCACUUCAUAUUUCGCUCUGCAUAACUUUCUUCGAAAAUGUUUCUUAAUUUGUACAAUUCUUUAUCGUAAACAGGUUUUGAUUACAAAUUCAUGUCAGAAGGCUUCAAAAGCAAGAAAAAUCUGUUGAGUGUGCCACAAAAUAACUUCGAUUUCAAAUGUAUAACAUUUGAAAAAAAUUUAAAUAAGAUCACAUGACUGAAUCAGCAAGAUGGUAGAUCACCGUUGACGUCCGAGGUUAUGUGCGAGGUACGAGUCAUCCGAGGAACUCCGAGUGGAUUCAUAAAGCACCUUAUAAUGAUGUACAUACCAAAAAGUUUUAUGUCAAAAAUCUUUUCAGGGAAGAAAAGCAGUUUGUUGUGAAGAAAUCUUCUAAUUCAGUUAAUUGAGAGGAAACCUUUUUUUUAUUUUCUUAUUUUUUAUAUUUUAAAACUGAAACAAAAGAAUAAUUUUAAUCAAGAAAAAAGUCAAAUGUGUUGCACCCUAUUAGUGUUACUGUUAAUUGUUUUAAAAGUACACUUAAUUAAUUUAUUUUAUUCAUGCAUGGGCUGCAGGUCUAUGUGUUUUAUUUCUGUAUGUUUGAUUGCUAUGUGUUACACUAGGAGUGUUGCUUAUUAUGAGUUGUAUAUACAUGAAUGUGUAAAUUCUAUACAUGCAUAAUCUAAGAAUAUCUCAUAAAAAAUGAUGAAAAAUAAAAAUGCUAUGAAUUUG